UCUAUAUUAUACUUUUUAACAUCGUUAGCUAGUUACCAAUCAAAUCUACAGAAAAAUAUAAUUAUUUAUUAUUUUACUAAUCGCGAGAAAGUUGUGUCCUGUGUACAAAAAUACUUUGUGAAAUAAAUCGCGUUGUAUUUUCUAUUAUAUCGAUUAGAAUAGGACAAUGAUUAAACUUUUUUCAUUGAAACAGCAAAAGAAAGAUGAAGAGGGUACAGCGAGAGCUGGUGGUUCACAAAAGAAAGCGUCGGCAGCUCAGCUGCGGAUUACAAAAGAUUUGAAUGAGCUGAAUUUGCCCAAGACCUGCAGUACAGAGUUUCCAGAUCAAGAUGAUUUACUCAAUUUUAAACUGAUAAUAUGCCCUGAUGAGGGUUUCUAUCGAGGAGGCAGAUUUGUAUUUAGUUUUAAGGUAGGACCAAACUAUCCUCACGAACCUCCCAAGGUGAAAUGUGAGACGGCCGUAUACCAUCCUAACAUAGACCUUGAAGGAAAUGUCUGCCUCAACAUACUAAGGGAAGACUGGAAACCAGUGCUGACAGUCAACUCCAUAGUGUAUGGGCUGCAAUACUUAUUCCUGGAACCGAAUCCAGAGGACCCACUGAACAAGGAGGCAGCCGACGAGUUGCAGAGCAACAGGCGAUUGUUCGAGCAGCACGUGCAGCGCGCCAUGCGCGGCGGCUACGUCGGCUCCUCCUACUUCGAGCGCUGCCUCAAGUGACCCACGAACCAGCUGUGAAUACCCUCAACAAAGCAUUUUUUAUUUCUUUAGAUAAUUACAUCACGCUAUAUUAUCACAUAGGUCAGUGUUUUAGCUAAACCGGUCUUAUGAAUGCAAAUAAACUUGACAUGUAUAAUUUGAAAUACUCGUGGCGCUGUAGCUGCAUGCUUUUUACGCUUUUUAAUUUGAUUUCAGUGUUUAUAUACGGAUGAUAAAAUUAAAUUAUUAGUUAAACAAUAGAUUGCUAGCACAAAAAGUUGAUUCUCGCUCCUGUUAACCAUUUCGCACCACAGACUAGAUAUUAUGUACCUGACUAGCAUGACCGCGUUUGUCCUUUGGCAAGCAAUCUUCUCUAACUGACAAGUAUGAACCGAAGUGCAAGAGGGAUAAAUGUCUUAUGUCGGCCAUAAACUCGAUCAUGCUACCCAAGUACCCACGCUACGUAUCAUGCUAUUAAGAUUUUGUGGAAUCGUUUUAAUGGAACAGAUAGGUCUACACAGAACACAUGCAACAUUUUGUGGUGUUUGAAUUGUGGAUUGUAAAUCGUUACCAGACAAAAUCUUAUUGGCAUCCACCUCUGAGCUCAGUUGUCUGUGGUUAUAAAAAGACGGACAAUGUUUGCCGCGAAUCGAGGCGUACGCAAUUCAUUGUUUUAGCCAAUACAUAUGGAUUUAUCUGGUAAAGUUUGGGCACCAAACGACGAGCGCCAUUUUUUUUUGCGUUUUAGAGAUGAAUUGAGUGCCUGCCUCAGUGUACAUAGGUAACUAAAUAUUACAUUCUAGUUUUCUUUUAUAAUUCUUUUGGAACGAAGCACCUUGGUGCACUCGCCUCUGCAGUGUUUUAUAAUUAACUCUAAAUAAGAAAACUGUCCUUUUGUUUCUAAAUUAUGAUAGAUAUAUUAGUAUAAAAUGUCAGGGUUCAACUGCUACUUCGCUAUUAUGCGUAGCUUUUGAGAAAAGUAGCAGCAGUUUGCUUGAUUGGGUUCUGUAAAAUACUCUGUAAAUUACUACAUGAUUCAUUAUAAACAAUUUUUUCGGUUAGACGUGUACAGGUUGAUUCAUUAAAUCUGGCGGGAGAAAAAUAGAGACAAUUACUGAUGUAACAGUAUGUAUACGAUGUCAAAAUUCUAACCCGUAUUUACGGAUACGCGUGAGUAGCGUGGCGAAUUACAAGGUUUAGUACGAGGACGGAGGCACUUUUUUCUGCGUUUAUACACUCAUGUUCUCUAUUCGCCACGCCACUUGCACGAGUGUGCAAAUAAAUACGGAGUUAUGCACUUAAUGUACCAGUUAUCACAAUCACUGUGUAUUUUUAGGAAUCGAUCUUUAGAUUUUGCUUGUUCAUCGAUUUAUCAAAGUAUACAACUUUGAAGUAGUGAUUUAAAUUAUGUAUAUGUGUGUCUGUCAAUUCAGUACACAUUAAAACUGAAGGUUUGUCCAUUUUCAGACGUCCAAGAGAUGGAUACCUACAUUUUUCUAGCAUAGGUAGGAUUUUGAUAAAAGAACGUGUCCAUUUAACUUAGAGGUCUGAAAAUGUGUAAGACUCUUCCUAUAAACCGACGUAUCGUUAUACCGCUUACAAGCCGGCUACAUCAAUGCUAUUCACUUGUCUAGACCAAAAAUAUUAUACUAUUUCUCGACUAUAAUUAUAAUGUACGGUUGUAACUCUAUUUGUCUCUAUAGAUUUGAGUUAAGUAUAUUUGUUUCUAGAAAACUUGACAUUGCAUUGUUAAUAUAAAGUUCAAUAGAAAGUGCUGAAGGGUACACUGACGAGACGAUUGCUGCUCAUAUGAAGUAAAUGUCUUGUGAACUGCAAAUCCAACUAAGAAAUAGUUUACUUUGUAAGAUUUUAAUGUAACGUCAUGAAUAUUUUGUAUAAUUUUGUAAUCAUAAUUCACGAGAAAUCACUUUUGCCAAUAGGAUUUAUCCCAAGC